CUUUGAAUAUUCAUAUGAACAUAUCAUUAUUGGAUAGGUCACAAUCACAAUGACUAGUAUACAAUGAUUAUCCUUUUACCAUGUUGAACCUGUUUAACAUCCACUAGUUUACAAAGGGUUGAAAAUUCCUCCCAAAUUCAACCAACUCAGUCCAAACCCUAAAAAAUACAGCCCAAAUAGGCCCAUUAACCCAAAUCAAAAGUGGGCCCAGCCCAAUUUCUACAAAAAUGUAGAAAAUAGAAAAAGUGAAAAACCCUUCUCCAAGCAAAUUCUCAGAUUCUAGAAAAAAGCAUUCCAAAAAAAAAAAAAAACAGGGUUCAAGUUUCUCUCUCUCGUUUCAUCGGAGGAUACUCGAAAUAAAUCCUCCGUUAAACUUGAGUAGAGAUUUCUUCACAUUCUUGUAAAUUCUCAAAUUUCGACAAAAUGCAAGGUGUCAUAGCACAGCCAUGCUUCUAUGCACCAGCAGUUCUUAAUUACCGAUAUAGGAAGCCUAUUCGUCGUGAUCAUGUAGAGGUGAGCCAGCUUGUUCGUCGUGAUCAUGUAGAGGUUUCAAGAUUGAAAAUGAAGGCUUGCCCUUUGCGCGUUGCUGCUUUCUCAGCACCAUUAGCAAUCAACAAGCAAUUAAAUGAUGAUAGCCAUUUGCACAAUCUCUCAUUUUCACCUUUGAAAAGAGGCUCCUAUCUUCCAAGGGCAUCAAAGGGCACACUCUUCAGUCUCCCACCAUACCCGAAAAUGUCAGAGAAACCAAAAUGGUGGUGGAGAUCUUUGGCAUGUUUGCCAUAUCUGAUGAACUUCCUAGACCAGCUCACUUGGGUCUAUGCUCACCCUACCAAUAACCCUCCACCAUUCCUCGAAAACUUUGAUAACUUAGUAUUCCCAUUGCACAGCUCCCUCUUAGCACUCCCCAAGUUUUUCCUGUCAUGUUACCCUAUCAUGUUUUACUUCUGGAUUGUAAGGCGGAAAGAGUGGCCUCAUUUCUUCAGGUUUCAUGUUAUUACAGCAGUAUUGCUAGGGAGUUUGGUGCAGGCGAUUGGGAUAUCAAGCAGUUGGUUUCCCUCGCGGUUCUUCCCUCCACAUUUUUGGUCUGCUGCCACUUUUUUCUUUUUGGUUACAGUGUUGGAGAGCAUGAGAUGUGCUCUUGCUGGUGAAUAUUCCAGUAUCCCUUUUGUGAAAGACGCUGCUCUUCUCCAUUCAGACCUGAACAUCAGAUGAUAGCUUCAAAUUUUAAUCUGAACUGUUUGUCUGUUUGGAUACAUCUCUGACGUUAUCAGCAGACUACAAGUAAGGCCUUGGAAGGAAGGACUUCAUUCAGCUUAGACAUGAUGAGUGUUCCAUAUAAACGGCGUAUCCAUUACACUACAUCUGUUAGGAUCCAGACUACUCACGAAGCAGUAGAUAACGAACAGGAAGUGUUAUUACGAUCAAAAUAUAGUUUACAUUUCAACAUAUUCAAUUUGUAUCGAAGUUCACUCUGAAAUUCUUAAUCAUAGGGAAUUCAUAUUAGCAGUGAUUGCAUUCUAUAGUGUUACUUAAAGUUUGAAGGGAUCCUUUGAACAGCAAAGUUUCAUAAUACAGUAUAACCUGCAUAAUUGAAAGUUAUCAUGUUGUAUAGUAUCAUUCUUAAUUUUUUUUUUUUUUCCCUAAAGUAUUAAAUUUUAUGAUAUGAGAAUUUCCUUGAACUUGACUCAGAGACAGCAGGGGAAUGCAGAGUAUCUCAAUUUUGUUUUGAAUUAAAGAAUCAUAGAACAGGAGCUUCUUUCGAAGCAUUAGCUAUAUGAAUAGCUUAAACAUCACAAGAUAAACGGUUAUUUCUUGUGAUACUAUUUGAUAUUGAUAUCAAUACUCAUCUUCUAUUAUUAGGGGCCUAGACGUUGUAACAAUUAUUUCCGGACAGAUGGGGUAUACACAUCGGAUGUAUUAUACACAGUAAACAAAAAUUCGGAGUGCC